AUGUAGCUAUAAAACCAAGACUAGCUAUAACAAUAAUAUGAUAAUGAGUCUUUGCUCACAGAAGAGAGCGGGAACGUUAAUUAGCAAGAUAUGCUUCAAGGUUUUGCCCAUGAAUACCAAAUAAAAAUAGUCAAUAAAUUGAAUUAUUUGUAAACGAAAUUGUUGAUAUGGGUUCUUAAUUUAGAGAUUUUUUUAUCACUAGCCUUAAUAGCUUUUAUCUACAUAUCUCAAACCUAAAGCGGAUAGUUUGAGAUCUUUUCCCACUUCACUUUAUUCUUUUUGGUGAUUAGUUCGCUAGAGAUUUUCAUGAGAUUCACCAUGUCUUGUUAUGUUAGAAAAGAAGCUGAAUAAUUCUAUUCAAAGUAAUAAAAACUAUUGAGAUAUGGAAUAGCCUCGAGAAGCAGUUUUUCUAAUUGCUCUAUCGAACUUUGCCCUAUCUGGAGUCUGCUAUAGUUAGAUGGCUUUUAUGCCCUAAGUCUGUGCAAAAAGCUUUAAGAGUAUAAUUCUAAAAUGAUUGACUAUGAUGAAGUAAUUUACGAAAAUAGAGGAAGAUUCAUAAUACGCUAAAGUAUAUAAGCAUUUUACUCUUUUGUUAAAUUCCGAUAAGUUUACCUAAAUUUGAGAAUGUGUGUAUUGAUAAUGAUGCUUACGAAUACAUAUAAUUUCAAUCAAACACUUUUUUACAUCAUAGUUGCUUAUAUUCCACUCUUAGUUAUGUUAAACAUCUGGAUCAACUUUCAUUUUGCAGUAGUUUAUUUGUUUUACAGACAGUCUCAUCUUUCACUAAAGGAUACAUUAUAUUUAAUUGGUGAAAUAACAUUAAAAUGUGUUCACAGCGUCUCCUUUUAUUAUGUCUUUACACAUGUUUAGGAUAUUUUACCUUACUUCUCUGUAUUUUUCUUGUCUGCCUGCACCAUCUAUGCCACCUCAAUUACUAUAUAAAUAAACAGUCUAUUUGACUCAUCUUCGUACAGUGUUUUUGAAUUGAUAUUCUUAGGCUACUCUACCAAUCACUACAUAGGCCUAAAGCACAAAGAGUACUUCUUCAAUAAAAUCGGCUACUUCUACAAAACAGAUAUUUUCAAGUAGGUAUUUAUUUUUUCUGUUUAGCUAACUGUCCUUCUUGUUUACUAUGAAGAAAAUAAAUCUAUAUCUAACUCUCAGAUCAUUGCUAUAAUUGCAAUCGUUUCCUUCCUUGCUUUACUCCGUUUUGGAGUCAUUCUUAUAAAAGUUAAUAUCUAUUUGAAACCGAAAGCAAUUAUAGUGAGACUGAAGACAUUCUAGGGCACAACUUGUUUUAUAGAAGAAGAUAAAAUGAGUCAGUAAUCCAAUAAACCAAAAAAUAAUGAAAGCUAACUAGAAAAGUAGAAAUAUCCAUUAGAAUAAGGAUUAGAUGAAAACAUAAAUGAAGAUGAUUAGAAGCCAAACAUAUUCGACUUACAAAAAUCAUUUAACUCUAAUCAUAGUCCCAUUUAACUCGACUUUAACAAAACUAGAAACUUACAAAAAAUGAAAGAAAUAAAAAUCAAAGAAAUUUUAAACUCAAAGAUUGAACAUAACUAGUACAAGAUAACCUUUUUCACAGAGUCUAAUAUUUCAGAGUUCGAAAUGAACCCAGAUAUGCGUUGUGUUUUAUCUGAAAUAGUUAGAUAUAAAAGGUCUGAAAUUACCUUUUUGAUAUCCAAUCAAAUAAAAAUAUGGAACUAAUAUGGUCACAUUAAUGUCCUCAUCAAUAAAUAUGAUGGAAAUUUAAUGCUCUUUAUAGAAAGAUACAUCAUUCCUUUUUCCAAGAGUAUCCAGAUCGACUCCUGUUACAAAAGAAACUCUGAUACAUUUAUACAAUUAAUGUUGCUCUACAACGUAAUAAACAAAGAGCUUGAUCCAUACUCUAAAAUUACUCUCAAACCAAUAGAUCUUGUUUAGUAGUUACCACUACCUUAUAAUAGAAAAUAAGAUUAUCUUACUGUUAUAAAUAAAAUAAUAAACUCUAAAACUAUAUCCUUGCUUAAGAUGAUAGCAUACAACAAAAACAUUUCACCUUUGCUCUUUUAGCAUCCAUGUUAAGUGCUAUACGAUUUAUACUUAGAUCACACAAACUGA